AUGGGUUCGAAUACUUCUAAAGUGGCUGCUGGUACGGAACAACAACAAGUGUACACUCCACGAACACAAAUUGAUUUUUCGCAAUCCCUAGUGUCUCAAUUGGAUUCAUCAAAGGAAUCAGACUAUGUCACCAAGCAAAAUGCAGAAAAGUUCAUUGAAAAGAAAGUCUCUCAAAGACUGUCCAACUUGGAGGUCGAAACGUUGAAGAAGUUCGAAAGCACUUUGGACAGUUCGCUAUUAUCGGACGAUGGUAACGAUGCCGUUGAUGGAGUGUCAUCAAGUUCAUUGAAUAACCAGAUCGAGUCCCUGAACAAGAAGUUAACCUUAUUCGACCAAUUAGAAUUACGAAAGCUAGAGAAAUACGGUGGCGCGAAGAGUAAGUCUGAUAAAACGAAUGGCAACGGGGACGUCUCUAUAAAGGCAAAAUUGACUGAAUGUCUUUUAGCCAAUAAGGGCAAACCUUUGAACUGUUACGAAGAGAUGGAAGAAUUCAAAAAGCUUGUCAUGGGUUGA